GUAUCAGCUCGACCAUUAUAUGCCAAGAUAUUCCGCUUGGCGCAACUGCCCCGCCACAAUACACUAAACCAAACUUUCGCUCCAGCUGGGAGCCAACAGACCCCCGCCACGACCCAACCGCUAACUGAUCCGCCACGCCCGCGAUAUUAUCCGAGACAGCUUGUGUUCGAUUCUCAGAGUCUUCGCGGUUGGUUAUCCUUGGGAGGCUUCUUCAGUUUUGGCUUCCAGACGUCUAGGAGCUGCGCGGGGAGGGGGUGGACGUGAUGGCGAAAAGCAUUGACGACCUCAUUGAGUUCAUUCUCGAGGAGAUUGCUCUCUGCGGAGCCCAAGGAGCUGGCAGCGCGGAUUUUCGCCGCUUCGUAGAACAAUUUCACAAAGAAAACGAGAGACAGGCGGCUGGCAGCCAUGCAUGGCAGCCUCACGUUCGCAUCGAUCGCGCCUACCUGGAAAAGGUCUGGGAGUGGCUGCGAAUCAAUCAAGACGUUCGCAUGGUCUAUGCAAACGAGACACGAAGCCUAUCGCUUUCAGACUUCGAAGCAUUGGAGAUGCAGGAGACAGGCACCAAUGGAUCUGUGACGUCGACGCACCCGAAUGCAUCCCACGCUGGGGACUCCAAUAAGUCAACUGCCACCCAAAUCUCUCCAUCACUACUCCAAUCGUCCUUCAGGGGCGCCCUUCGACAGCGCUUGUCCAAAGAGGUGGGAAAUUCGUGUAGUAGCCCUGCCGAACAACAAGCUAGAUUUGAUGAGGGUUUUGGAUCGUCAAGCGCCGGUUCGGCUCACAUGGGCCUUGGGAGAGGGGAGUCCUCCACUUUGGACAACGGUGUGGUUCGAAACACGAUGCAGCACAAUCCUCACACCGGUGGGUCAGCACGGCAGCCUGUCCCCUAUGCUACAGUCCCCGGCCAAACUGGGGUACGAGUCACUGGAGAUCCAUUCAGCGCUCGCAGACCCAAAAGAGGUAUCCGAACGACAGGCCCCAUUUUCGACGAGCUUACGCCAACUACCACUGCUCCACGCAUUUAUGUCAGCCAAAAUCGAACAUGGCAUGCUGUCGCCGGCCAUUCCAUGGAUUUCAAGCGGUUGUCUGCCAUGAAAUUUGUGCUAUUGUCAAUCAUCGCGUCGCGUGGGCCAGAGGGUAUCAAUCAGCCUGAGCUUACCGUCCUCAGCGGACAAGAUAAACGCUCGGUACCUGCGAGGACAGACGAGCUUGCCAAAGACGGAUAUAUUGAGAAGUCACCCGUCGCCUCGCGCAAUGGACCGACGAGUCGCUGUGUCCACAAGAGGUUCAUAAAAGGUGACCAUUACCUGCGAGGAACGGGCAACCAUCAAGAUGUAUUCCGUGGCAGAACCGUCAUUUUCGCCCAGUUGGUUGCACUUAUUUACAGUGUUUUGAAGGAUGUCAAGAUACUCCCAUACAGCCAACUUCGCGGAAAGCUCGGCAUUUCGUAUGACGACUUGAGUACUACCGGAAUGCGAUCGGCUAUCCGCAGGCUUGAGGAGACUGGAUUGCUCGCCAAAAAGCGCAUAUGGAAGACCGGGACACGGAAAACCACCACUAUUGUGGUCCAACUCCUGAGGGAGCCCAACGAUGAUGACGUUAAGAAUUUCAGGUUUCGCUACCAGAAUACAAUACGCCAGCCCCCAAGUAACAAUCUGGAUGAAGAUGAUGAAGAAGGAGACGAUGGCAUGGGCGACCUGGAUCUUGACUUGGAUCUUGGUGAAGAAGGAACAGAGAUCAAGCGCAUUCCUCCACAAUGGACCCCUGAGAAACUGCUACCAAACCUCUUUUUCCAGGCCGUUGAACUCAGCGGGUCGGUUGGUGUCGAUUCUGCAGGACUACGUGACAGGACCAUGGGAAUGUUUUGGAGACGUCCCACAGAAUCAUACAUAGCUCGAAUGACGGACGACUGGGAAAACAGUCAACCGCACCACUUACGGCACUUAGCACUCAUUCGGGACACCAGGGUCACGAGCGAGAAGAAGACCGUCCAUUACGUUUACCGCACAUAUGAGAAUUUUCAAAAGGCAGUCGACGAUAAGCUCGCAAGCUGGGACGCCGUUAGCAGGGAAGCGGGGAAACAACAGAAGGCAGGGCAGAAGGCUCCACCAUUGAAGCCUACAGAUGGACCAUUACUCAAUGAGUGGGGCUUCCCAGAUAUUCCGAAGAACCUUUUCCACCUGGGUGAUGGUUCCGCCACGCUUGCUCAGUGUUCGGCCGCAGCCAACACUGGAAGACAAAACCUGGAGAAGUGGGCAAAUAUGAAUCGAAUGGGAUUCCGAAAACGCAAGGGGGCAGUUGGUAGUGAUGGUAAACCUAUCAAAAGAGGGCGUCCGAGGAAGGUUAAGCCUUCGGAUGUGAAUCAAGCAAUCACCGCACAAGCAUCGGAGAGUCCACAAGCGACGGGUGAGCCACCUGACCCAAGGACACCAGCAGCCACAGCAGGCGUCGCCGCUCCCCUCUCUACGGAGCCCACAAUCAAUAAAGUGAGGAAGUCAAUGCAGCUUGCGGUGCCUCUACUAUCGAAAGAACAGCGGGAAAUACUUGGUCUGCCACCACGCGGACGUCUUGGAAAAUUCAUCGAGGAUCAGAUCAAGGAACAUCGACAACGAACUGGCGAUUCCACCUCACUGCCCGACGUGAUCUACAAAAGUCCCGCAGAUAUGCCGCAGUUGGAGCAGGAGACGCCCGUGAAUAUGAAGGAGAAGAGGAAGAAUGGGGUGCCUGAUUCUCGCCUUUUCACAAGGGAGUUCAGGAGACAACACGGGCUACCUGAAAAAGGUAGAUUAGCUCAAGAUGUCAUCGACAGAUUCCGACGCCUGGAAAGUGAACGCACGUCCACCGGGAAUUCUCCUGAAGCAGAGGAGAAUAUGCCCGCACCAGGGGGAACAGAAUGUCACCGUGAGCACGACGCCCCCCUGGCAAAACCCGCUGAUCUAUCGACCCCGACACCCCAUGGCACCAAACGCAAAAACGACACACCGGAAAUGGCAUCGCAAGCUGUCAAGAGGCUGCGCCGCGAUUCAGAUAUCCUACGCACCUCUGUAGAACAUAUCACCGGUCCAAUCACCAGUCGAGAGACGCUGCCCACGGAAUCCAUCGUCGCUUCAGGGACUUGCGAGGGAACGCACACCCCAGACCUGUGUUCCCCGGGGGUUACAAUUCAUCGCCAGCAUUACGGGUCCCCCCUAGUAACAAGGACCAUGGAAGUAGUAGACCCUCUUUCGAAAAGUCCGAAUGCAUUACCCAGUGUUGAGGUCCCACGGGGACCAAGAAUCUCCGAUGCGUUCAGUGCCUCCGCUACUGCUACUGCCAGAAAUCAACUGAAGAGACCGACUGCGACGCGUCAAUUGGAGCAUCGUUCUAAGCCUGGACUAUAUAUCAAUCCUUAUGUGCUUCGACCUCGUGGAAGGGGUCGUCCGAAGAAAUCGUUAAUGGCUGUAUUCAAGCUGCCGGGGUUGAGAGACCUCAAUUGGUUCAAAGAGGCGGCGGACAAAAUCAGCAACGAAAAAGUGACUGAACGCCGCCCUGCGGCCGAAAGGGCAGUCUCACAGCCUGUACAUGCAGCUUCACUGGUGCUUCAGUCCACUACUGCGAUCGCCGAGCCCCCACCAGUCGGGAACGCUGCAGCAUUACAACCUGGCAUAAUAUCACGCACCCAGUCACCCACGCAGUUCAUUGACUCCGUAGGUUCUGAUAAGACCAUUGAGACAACACAUUUGGACGCUCGCUCCUCUGCUGUGCCAGAGCGAGCUGAUCCGGAUGCGCCGGUAUCCCCUGUUACACCACCAACUAUCCCUGAGAUACCCGUCUCAGGUAGGAACACUGACGAUGUAUCCAUGAACGAAAUCCAACCGCUGGAAGUUCGUACACCCGAAGCCCCUGUACAAAGAAGUCCUAGCGAGGAGAUCACGAGCGGUCGUGCGCGUACCGAUGUACCAUCUGGCAACGGAGUCUACCUCGUGUCAGGAAUUGCUUAUGCUCCUAGCCACAAGCAACCUAAACCAGUUGGAGCUUUCUCAAAGAAAGGGGUGGUUCGUAGCAGAGGCAGUAACUGGUAUGCACGAGUCGAGCUCAUCCUGUAUAUACUGAAGUUGUGUGGCGGCGUAUUCCCGUUCAACGGGGAGCUUCUAAAGGUUUUCCAUCAGCUAUGGGAUGAGCGCGCCCACAAACGGGGAAGCAAGCCAGAUCGGACUACCCUGACUAAUACCGUCAACGCGAUGUUGGAGGAUCCGGAGUGUGGACUGCAGAAGUUCGGAUUCUGGGUAUCAACGCGGAGCAGCCAAGCCAGACUCGAGAAGAUGGAGAGGUACAUGCUUGCCCUUCCAGGAAUCGACCCAUCGCAUCCAAAGGUUCAGGAGGUAAAGGACAAGAUAGCGGAACACUACCCACAUAAAUGGUAUCCUCCUGAGGUCAACCAUCUUGCGCCACCAGAGGGUCCGGCUCGGGGACCCAAGAAACCCCGUUUCGACGCAUCCUUGACGUUGGAUGGUAUCACUCCGAAUGUGGUUCAGCGAGUGAAUCAGCAGAUUUUCUCCUCGGCUGAAAAACGCAGGGAGAAAGCCGAAAAGAAGAAGAUGAAGGAGCAUGAGGCUCGUGUUGCGCUCUCUGGGAGGGGUGCUCAACGGAAGAGACUCGAGGGGCUGACUAGGCGUCUUCCUCGCGAAAAGAAGGGUCGGGUAGAGCCGAUCCCCGGUUCUGUGGAAGGGGAAGGCGAUAGGGAUGUCCAUGGCGAUAUGUAUCUCUCCGCUAGUCGCCUUGGAGAUGCUGUCUCCCGGUCUCCCUCACCUGCCACAUCUUCUUCGGAGGAUGUUGAAAUGGAACUUCUUCAGCAACGCAGACGCGAGUCACUGCCGAUGGGUACUUUUGAGGAUGGCUUUCAUCAUCUCACUGUUGAAGACUUCCAUGAGAGGCAACUAGCCCUGGCCCUCUUGAAUUCCGAGAGCCGCUACUACGCCAAUACCGGCACCUACUCGACGGAUUUUGGAGGAUUCGCGGCCCGCAAUCUGCAAUGGGUAGCAGUCCCUAGCACAGCAGGGGCAAGCGCUGAGCACGAGUGGACCUUCAUCAAAGAGCGAAUUCCCAAAGGAGUGAAGCGGAAGAGAGUUCAAUUCGAGGAUGUCGACGAAUCGCCACAGGCGAAGGAUGGCCGCAAGAGAGCGCGCAGAUGGUCGCCCGACGAACCCGAACCGACCGUGGUGGAGCGACUUUCCGGCCGUAUGGGCAAUGCCGAGGACCCCAUAUAUGUACCGCCGACGAAAAAGUCCUAUCGCACACCCAAACGAUGGGCCGACAUGAAACCACGCAAGCGUAAGCGAGACAAGGAGGACGAGAAGGCUGAAAAGCCGCUUACGAUGAAAGCCCUACGCAGUAGGGUGGAGCCGCCACUGGAUGCGGCUGAAACUUUCAAGAAGCUCUUCUGUACACUGGCCAUUGCGUAUAUUAUGUCCGGACAGGGCGAUAUUGACUGGAGAAUCCCUUCAAAGGUCUAUGAGGCGGAACCCCGGUUUAAAGUUGAGAAGAUGAAGAAACUCUGGUCAUGGGUGCAGACGAACAUGCAGGUCCAGCUUCGCAGUUUCACGACCAGCUUUGAGAACGCCUAUCUCGAAGCCUAUGAGCAAGGAAAUGUUGACGUGCUUGAAGAUCCCGACACGUACGAUUGGGCCGCUUUGGUGCGGUGGGCUCUCAUAACAUGCGACUACUCUGAACCCCCUCUGCCGCGUGUUCGCGAGGCGCUGCAUCAUUAUAGCAUUGAGGAGUCUUCAUACAGGCUAUUUGACCGUUCCCAAUGGGCAAUCAGUGAUCUGGCACAUGUCAAACGGGCCAACAGUCUACUGAAAUACUCCUAUGCGGCUCCGAUCCACACGAAGCCCCUUCGGCAACCCGAGGAAGACAUCCUGCUUGCCCGUUCGUGGAUCCGCUCAAACAUUGCAACGCCUGAGGCAGUCUACAACAGCCAUGUCGCCCAUGACAAGCUCGUGGUUCUCGGUGAGGCGACGCUCGAACGGGCCAUCGCCGACAUGACGAGGGAGCAGCAGAUACGCAUGCGGAAGAUCAAGCGGCUCCUACCCGGCCGCAACUUCCACUUCACCGCCCGCUUCGGCGUCAAGUACAGAAAGCCUUUCGAACUGGACGACUUCGUCGACGCGGUGAAUUUCAAGAAACGCCUCGACGCGGCCUUCGCCCAUGCGGAACCGGACAAACGCGUCCACUGCGUCUCUCGCACGGCCGACGACGGCUCCGUCAUGGCCCUCCUGUCGCUCGUGGCCGCCGGCCAAGUCCGCAUCGAGCCUGUGCUGCCGCCCAUUAAGAACGAGCUUCGAGCACCGGCGCCGCGCAUCUCGGUCUGGGGAUUCAUCGAGGGAGACUAUGCGCACCGGAAAAUCGACCGCAGGUGCCUCUUCUGGGACAUCCAUGCCGUCCCCACUGGAUCCUAUGAAUUCGGGAAUCCGCUCCAGCCGUCGUCUGCGCCGGACCCGGGCGAGGACAAGGCCGAGUGGGUUGCGUUGCCGGAACCGCCGCUCCCUGGGAAGCGGGAUGGCAUGGCCAAGUUGCCCAUCUGGAGCACGAUUGAUGGGACGCGCGUCAUCUGGCCGUGGUGGUAUCGCGUGUUGAAUGUCGUGCUGCAGGGAUUGAUGUUCCAGCCUGGUUCGUCGGUAAGGGAAUUGCAUAGUUAUUGCCCCGGCGGUAGCGUCGAGUUGUUUGAGGUCGAGCACGUGGUGGAGUAUCUUGUUGCCGUUGGGGCGGCCGAAUGUCGUCGCGCUGCUUCGUCUUCAUCGUCCGCUUCUGGUGGGCGUACGGGUCCAAAGCCAGAGGAGGGGAGGUAUUACUCGACGACGCAGGGGUUCUGGGCGGUUUUCGGCGAGGCGUUGCGGGAUAUGGAGAGCGAUACGUUCAAGGAGCAUGUCAAGCGGACGAGGCUGCGCGAGUAUCGGGAGGCGUUGGAUGUUCAGUUUAAUUUGAGGAGUAGGAAGAUUGAUGCGUUGAUGAGGCCUCAGGGGGAGGGGGAGGGGGAGGAUGAUGGGGAGGGUGAAGGUGAGGGUUAUGUUGGAGGGGAGAGCGGUGGGGAACGAAGUAGUGGUGGUGGUAGUACUACUGGGGUUGGUGCUGGGAGCGGUGGAGGAGGUCAGGGUCAGAAUGGAGAGGACAUCGUUAUGCAGGAUGCGGGAGGGUGA